AUGGUGAGAGCUCCAUUCUAUGACAAAAGUGGAGUAAAGAAAGGGGCAUGGGAUGCUGAAGAAGACGAUAAGUUAAGAAGUUAUAUCCAAAGCUAUGGCCAUUGGAACUGGCGUCAACUUCCGAAAUAUGCAGGUAUAUCAAGGUGUGGGAAAAGCUGCAGACUAAGAUGGAAGAACUACCUUCAACCAGGUGUAAAACAUGGAGAUUACACUGAAGAAGAAGAGGCUUUAAUCAUCAAACUACAUGAACAACUUGGGAAUAGAUGGUCGAUGAUUGCUUCAAAAUUACCAGGAAGAACUGACAAUGAAAUAAAAAAUUAUUGGCACACCCACAUGAAGAAGAAGCGCACAAAAGAAGAACAAAAUCAAACAUCCUCUGGUCAUGUAGUACUUCCGAAAGAUCAUCAGCAUUCUCGUGAUGAUCACGAGUACUCAUCACGGCAAAUCGAUUCAGACGAUCAAACAGAGGCUCAUGAAAGUGCUACUCGUAAUUGUAAUGAUGCUUGUCAACAACUACUUCAUCCCCAAAGCUCCUCUGCUGUGUCCCCAGAAUCAACAUCGUCUAGUAGUACUAGCUCAGCACAGUAUACCUCCUCCUCCUCAAGCUCCCUUAAUCAUGAAGCACGAGAUUCUACCGUGUUCAUGAACUAUCUUAUUGUCGAUCGAGAUAUUGUCAUGGUUUCAUCAUCAGAAACAAUGAUAUCAGAUCAACAAUACAAUGCUGGUGAUUUUUGGAGCACACCGUUUCUACAGGACAGUAUCUCCAUCGAAAGUGACAUUAUAUCAUCCUCAUCAUCGUACUUGUUGCCCUAUGAUGAAGGCAUGGAUUUGUUCUACCAAGUCAUGCCAACACCGCAAGACGAUAGUUGAAAAUGCAAAUAUUCAUAUAUGCUUAGUGAUUAAUGUGCGUUUAUGCAUGAUACAUCAUCGAGUGUCACGGUGGUCUUGUGU